AUGCAGUGUCGCUCCACCUUCGAGGUUGUAGUCUUGGGCGGUCUUGUCAUCGGCCCUACGGAGCAAGGAGAAACGUCAGGCUCGAUGUCCAGUUCAAUCUCCUUUCCGACCACAGGCGAUUCUGUCAAAAAGACCGGUCUUAUGUGCGUCCGUUUCUCAGCAAUGGCAACUGCUUCUUCCGUCGUGUCUCAGCAAGCAACAAAUCCCUUCACCCAGCUCCUUCUCGACUGCCAGAAUGACCCUAAUAUGAUCCAAGCCCGAUACGAAACGCACCGGACAAACAGAAACGCCCAGUUCAAAGAAAAACUCCUCCAUGAAGAUUUCCCUGGCUGGCAAGUCGACGAGAUCUUACGCAAACUUGUCGCGCAGUCGAAGGCUCAGAAUGAAGACGCAGUACCAGCACCGGACCCGGCAUCGACGAAAGCACCAGUAAACUUCGCUGACCAUCGUCACAACUUGAAUCUCUACGCUCGGCCACCAAAACAUAUUAAAGAGCUUGUCGCUGAGAUUCAGCAGGAGAUCCAUGAUAUAGCACCUUCAAUCUGGUUCACACCUCCUGAGUCGCUGCAUAUUACAUUGCUGGAGAUAGUCAAUUCUCGCACUCAAGAAGAGGUUGACGCUCUAGCUGGACGGCUGUUACAAGACGGCACCGCUCUUAAGCUCGUCAACUAUGCAUACGACAACAAUUACUGCGUGCGCCUCAUCAAGCCAAUUAUUAGUUACGACGCCUCGGCAAUGGCACUGAGUUUCGUACCUGUCACUAGCGAGGCCACAGCCGCAGACAAACAGCAGCCUGAAGAUGCGUAUACCUACCAUCAUUUACGGCGAGACCUGGCAGCCACGGUCCUUGAGUCUGGAGUUGGACUGGCGGCCAGGUAUAUUGUGCCUUCAGCGCAUAUUACGAUCGCGCGAUUCGUGACCCAAGAUGGAUUUUUGCUGGAUGGUCGGAAAGUGGACAGGAACAGUGUAGCUGAAUUAGUCCAGAGGAUAGAGAGAAUCAAUGCAAUUCUGAGGAAGGAGUACUGGCCCCAAGAAGGUGGAGAAGGGAGUACGCGAGCGAAGGGGGAAUGGGUUGUUGGGCAGGAGCAGGGUUUGGAAUUUAAUAAGGGGACAUCGUGGUAUGGGGGUGGCGACAAAGUGCUUGUUGGAGGAUGCUUGGGGUUACAAUGA